CACAGGCCAAGCACACAGAGAGGCAGAUUAAGGGAGUUUGAGAAGCUUCACCAGUUUCUACGAGAGGAAGAGGAGGCCAGGAUAGCUGCACAGAGCGAGGAAGAGGAGAGGAAAAGUCAGAUGAUAAAGAACAAGAUUGAGGAGAUGAGCAGACUGAUGUCAUCACUUUCAGACACUAUCAGAGCCCUCGAGGAGGAGUUGAGAGCUGAGGACAUCUCAUUCCUGCAGGUAAGCAUUGCUCUAAACUUAGCAAGCAGACAAGAGAGGACUGCUAUGUUGAUUGGUACUCCCAUUGAUAACAUGGAUUUAAUUUUCUAACUUGUGUCUCUGCAGAAUUUUAAGUCCACCAUGGAAAGGUAAGUGAUCUGCCUCCUGUCUCUCUCCUCUCUGUGGUUCUGAACCCAACCCCACAGCAGCACUGACUCCUGAAUGUUCUUCCAGAGCCCAGUACGCACUGCCAGAUCCAGAGAGGGUCUCUGGAGCUUCUGAUAGACGUGGCCAAACACCUGGGCAACCUGCAGUUCAGAGUCUGGGAGAAGACGACGAGAAUAGUUAAUUAUAGUGAGUAUUGGUACAAAACACCAUUUACAUAGACACAUUUUUAAUAAUAGACUUAAAUUGUUUAGCACCUUUCGUACAAUACAUUGGAGCCUAUUGUACACACACAGUUGUUUAACAUUACAUUCUGUAUGUGUAAAUGGCAGCCCAAAAAAAUUUUUUUUCUAUCAAUAUUUAUAUAUAUUAUUUAUAUAAUAUGCCUCUGUUCUCUCUGUUGAGCUCCUGUGACGCUGGACUCCAACGUGUCAGACCACUGUUGA